GUUGAAUAGCGCCUUUAGUUUUUUUUCUUGGUACACGCGCGUUUCACCUCUCCCUCUUCACUCUCGUUAGUAAUACUCUUCAUUUAUUUAUCUACUUGCUAUCUGCCGCAUCUUGAAUCCGCUUCCUCUCCUUUUCUGAGGUGUCGCGAGAGAUGGGCCAGGCCGCCUCUUACGCCGAGUCGUCGGUGCAGCGCGCCCUCCUCAAGCUGAAGCAGGAGGAGCAGACGGAGGAGGAUGAGCUGCUGCGUCUUUGCGGCUACCGCAGACCUGCCGUCUCGACCGCCGUCGCUGCGCCUCCGCGACGAGACGGGCCCCCCGCGCGGGAGGGGGACAGCGGCGGAUCCAACGCUCAGAGCGUGGGCUGCAACGCGCAUGAGACGCUGCCCCCACCGCCGGAAUCGCUCGGACCCUUUGUCUCGCUCGCACCGGAGUACUACUCCCUCGACGAGCUGCGCGAUGCGCUGCGCUACCUGCCCGACUCGUUGUGGGUCAGCCUCUACCGCGUCUCCUUACUGUACAUCCUCGACAACGACCACGACGGCCGCGUCAAGUCGACCGACAUUAGCUUCUUCAUGGACUGGGGCAUCAAGACGGUGGGCCGGGGCGUGCCGCCGGAGCAGCUGGCGGAGGUGCUGCAGACGUACGCGGCACUGCACUGCCGACACCGCUGCUUGCAGGUGGGGGAGGAGAUUGAGGGAGAGCAGCGGGCGGCGGCGGCAGCGGCAGCGGCUGCAGCAGCACAGCCGCCUGGUCGAGGUGGACUCGGCAGCGGUUCGGGUGGCGGCCGCACCCGCCGACGACCUCUGCAGAGCGCAGGCAUCAUGGGGAGCGGCGGUGGGGCCGGCGGGGGUAAUGGUCCUUCCUCCUCGCACCACCAUCACAAUCCCCAUCACCACCAACAGGCAGCGAGUGUCUCGUCGUUUAUGCUGCUGCACCUGCGGGAGGCCUUUUUCAGCAGUCGACCAGGUGGGCCGGCACCGCUGCCGAGCAGCGCCGCCGUGAGCUCCAGCGCUGCUGUCACCCCUGUUCGUGGCGCUGGUACCCCAUUGCAGGAGCCCCCUGCCGCCUGCGAAGGCGGCCUCUUUUCCCCCAUCACCACGCAGUUCGCCUCGCCGCGGUCAGCCGUCACUCAGCCGGUAACGAGCAGCACCCGCCUGGAGGCGGCGGCGCACUUCGCGGAGUGGAUGCUGCGCCUCGUGCAACACCAAGAGCGUGACCGACGGCACGAGCGGCAGCGGCUGGAGCGGCGUCUGCGGUUUAUCUCGGCGGCCGAGAUGAAGCUGUGCAACAGCCGGCUGCUACAUUCGCAGUUUCUGCAGCACCACUCGAUGCGGCUGCGCGGCGGGUCGCAGGCGAUGCCGCCCUCGCUGGGCGACGACGACGUCGUUGUCGUUUCUCAGUCGAGCGUGCCGAUGCCACCUGGCGGCGCCACCGGAGGAGACGUGAAUGAGGAUGUCGAACCGGAGGUGAUAGCGAUCGUUGGCCAGCGCCUGUCGUACCCGGAUAGUGACACGGUAGCGGGUCUGCCUCUGAACAACGCCUCCUCAACGCUCGCACAAGAAGCGGCGGCGGGGGGUCUCAGCACAGCAGCAGCAGCCAAAAAAGCUUCGUCUUCGUCUUCCCGCAGCGUCACCCCGCUUGGGUCGUCCUCGGCGCUGGCAAAGGCGCAAAGAGACGCAAUGGGAGGCAAUGGCAGCAGCGGAGAUGCCGCAGGCAGCGGAUGUAGCAUGCGUCCGUGUCCGUUGCCGAGUGAUGCCUCCCCCUCGCACCUGACCGCCGCGCAAAACCUGUUCACCUCUUCGUCGUCUCGCGUGCUGCCGUCGUUUCCCAGUCCACCCACGAACAGCCACAGCCACCACAGCAGCAGCCACCACAACGCAGCAUGGCCGUCGGAGAGCAACACGUUAAUGAGCUCGAAUCCGUUAAAGGGCAACGGGGCGCACACGAGUGCCGAUGCGGGAGGGGGAGGAGGGGGAGCGGCGGAGCGGCAAACGAACUCGCCAAAUUGGUGCGCGCCGGCCGGCAGCGGCGUCGCUUCCUUUUCCCCCUUUCAGCUCUCCGCGGUCCUGAUGGAUGCGGAGCCGUUGUACGUGGAGUUGGAGCGCAACGGCUGGUGCACCAUCGGCGCGGUCGAGGAGAUCUACCUCGACUUUGCCGUGGAGGACUCCUAUUGCUUCUCCUUCUGGGCCUUUUGCCGGCUACUGAAUGAAGCCUCGGCCGACGAGGUGCAGGUCGCGCUGGACUUGACGACGGCACAGGCAACGGCGGUGCUGACGAGCGCCGCUGCCGUCGAGGAGCACCGUCGAGCCGCUGCUGUGCGUCAGCUGCAGCGUCUCCGCGUCUCCCUGCCGGAUGAGUCGGAUGGGUGGGCGCGGCAGGUGGAGGUGGUACCGCUGCUCAUCGUGUCGGAGUACACCUUCGUUGCCUUCGUCACCGCCUUCAUCCACGCGUACUGGAGCAUGCUGGAGAGCAUGGGGGUGGACGCCGUGACGCAGCCGGCGGAGAUGGCCUCACGGACGACAGCGCCGCCCAACACGUCGCCGGGAUUGCGUGCGGCGUAG